AUGUGGCAACACUUUGAAAAGGAAGUGAUUUUGGUUCCAGUGAUCAUCGGCAUUGCAGCACCACGGAGCUUUGCGGCCAUGGAGUGCUUCAGCAAGGAAAUCAUCUUCUGGUUCUUCUGCUUCGGUGUGCCAAUGUUUAUGGCAUACAAUGGCGGUGCCACAGCUGCCACCGUCGAUACGAUCCAGAAGGUGGGCGGCUGGAGCCCCACGGGCAUCGGCUUACUGGGAGCCAUGGACAAGAUUGGCAUCACCAUGUCUGCUGGCAUUUGGGGCUACGUCCUACAGCAUGUGCCUUCGAAAGUUCUCCUUUCGGCAGGUCUCUUGGUGAAUGCCGUGUCUGUCGCAGUGUUUGCGGUCACCCAAAAUGGCUACUUGAUGUACACCACGAAGAUGUUGAUCGGAUUUACCGAGGGCCUGCAGUGGGUCUGGGCCCCUCUGUGGGUAGCCCGAUGGGCCGAUGAAGAGAAGUUGCCGCUCUGGAUCAACCUCAGCGGCUGCGUGGCGGCCGGGGUGGGCAACGGCGUUGGCAUGCUCUUGGCAGGGUCGAGCACAGCAAAUGGGCUUCCUUAUGCCUUCCCGUUCCAGGUGGAGGCCGCCGUCCUGCUGCUCCUGUUGCUGCUGAUGGUCAUGGUACCUACCGAGAAAAUGGCCAUAACUAGCUGUCUGAAAGUGGACCAGGUGAAGAAUGAGAUCAUGGACUCAGACCGCAAGAUCCGCACCUAUUCCGAUGAUCUGAUGAACCUCAGCAUCGACCAUCCGCCCAGUCGCCAGUCCUCAGAGGCCCGAGCCCGGCCGCGGAUCCGUUCGGGCAGUUUUCUGCAUCCCGUGAUGGUGGCGGAAGACAUGAGCAUCCGGCAACAGUUGGAGGAGCUAUAUAGCAAUAAACUCUACUGUCGCUCUGCCAUGGCCUUCGCCUCUUCGAACUACGUCAACGCAGGCUUAGCAUUCAUUUGGAUCCGUCUCUUCAUUGAGCUUUGGACCAUGGAGAAGCAGCUGUCGGUGGUCAGCUAUCUACUGCUCACCGGCGUAGGCGGUGCACUUGGCAUUUGCCACAGCAGUGGCAUAGAGGGUAGCCACGACCCCAGGCUCACCCUGGCGUACCUCAGGAAGGCCAUGUGCUAUUCCUGCCUUGGAGCUGUCAUGACAAUGGUCGGUUUGUCGCUCCAACUGAUCCAUGGUGACAUUCGCCACAUCUUCCUGAUAUUGACAUGGUUCGGCGUCGUCUUGCUGUGUAUGGGCAUCGCCAGUACCACGGGCCUCAUACAGAUCGUGUGCAACAACUCGGUGGAAGAUGAGAAGGUCAGAAGUUUUGGAGUCGGCCUGGCGCAGGGCAUCAACAACUUCUUUGGGAAUUGUUUUGGUCCCUUACUGCCACAGAUGGUCAUGGACCUGCUCAUUGCGGCUUUUCACCUCAAUGAGAAGCACGCGCUUUUUUCAGGUGCCGUGUCAGUGGUAUGUAUCGCCUUUGCAGUUUUGGGCUACGUCAUAGCGGCCUUGCGAGCUGUUGAGCAUGGCCAGCCGGCUGCUCCAAUAGAGGCGCAAAGGAUGCAAGUUGUACCUGAGGACCAUGCCACCGUCCGAGAAUUCUCGGGCGCGAAGGCCAGUGGACCUCGCAAGCAGAAACUGUGGCGCAUCAGAGAUCCGGAAAGGCUGGAAGGGGCUGCAGUGUGGCGCAAGCCCAGGGCUGCCAUGGAAAUCUUUCUCUUGGUGCCGAUCAUCACAGAUGUCUGGACUGCUCACAUCAUUUUG